AUGGCCGGCUCGAAGAGCUCCAAGAAAGUAGAGCCCUGGCAGACGCCCGAGUGGCGGGCCCACUGCGCCGCCGAGCGGCAGAGAUUUAGGGACGGCCUCUUCUACCAGCUCAUGGCGCCCGUCAUGGGCCCCGUCAUCGUCGACCUCAACGGGUCGGACGAGGAGAUGUGGCGCCGCGAACACGACCCCGUCGGCGCGCGCCGAUUGAAUUUGACUAGGAUGGUCAAAGCUAGAGGUCUCGACCCGACGGACAAGUACUGGGCCGCCUACAUCCAGCAAGGCUGCGAGGACGAGUCCCGGACGCCGGCGGCCCAGCGCAAGGGCCUCGGCGCGCGCCUCGACUCGCUCACGAACCUGGCCGCGCUCAAGGAGGAGUGCCGGGCCCACGGCCUACCCGCGUCGGGCACCAAGGCCAAGCUCUCGCAGCGCCUCCGCGACUACGCGUCCGGCGUCGAACCGUCCAAGGGCAAGCGGCGCCGCGGCGCCUAAAGCCG